AAUGAUUGAAUUUGAAGUUGAUUGUUUCCACAAUGUCAAGAAUUUAAAUAUUUCAAUAGAUUCAAUUAAUAUUGAAAAGGAUCACAUGGAAAAUUCAAAUUCAACAAUUUCUAGAAAUAUUAAUCCUAAACAUUUAGAAAUUGUCAAUUGUGAAUUUGAAAGUAAUCUUUGCAAUUACGAAUUAAUAUUAUCGAAAAAUGUAAGUUUAUAUGAACGAUCUCAAUGGUUUUUAAAGAAUGGUGGAGUUGAAGGAAAAUCUGGCUAUGAAAUAACUGAAAAACCAGGAGGGUUUUUCUUUUCAUCUUCUCUGUUUUUAUGUGAAGGAAGAACCCCAAUUCUGGAAAGCCCAAUGAUUACUAUAGAAAAUGUUGGACACACAUUUUCAUUUUAUCAUUUCCUCAGUGGUGGAGUAAGGAAUGCAAUCUAUGCAACUAUCAAUGGAAAAGUGUAUUAUUAUUUUAAUAGGUAUUGGCAAGGGUUUCUUCAGAGUGGUUACUGGAAAAAAGCAGUUUUACAUCUACCAAUUGGAACUUAUAAAAUAAGAAUUGAACUUGAUUGUACAACUCUUUGGACUCAUUCAGUAGAUUUAGACUCUUUUGCCAUUAAUAGAGAUCCAAUUCCAACAAUAUCACCAAAAACAACAAAAACAAUAACACCAAUACUAAAACCCACAAAUAAACCAAAAACCUUAGCAGAUUAUCUGGAAUUGAAUGCCUAUGAUGAAAAGUAUAUAUGGACUUUUCAAAAAAGAAAUUCUGGAGUAUUAACUAGGCCUAAUUCUGAUGUUAAUGGAUCAGGUUAUUAUUUGUAUUCUGGUCCAGGAAGAUGUUAUAGCAAUUAUGUUGCAAUCCACUUAUACAGUCAAGUAGUUAAUGUAAAUCAAACUGGUUAUAGAUUUUCAUUUUAUUACUAUUUGGAAAAUGUUAAAGGAAUGCGCAUCUCACUGAGAUUUGGUAUAAAACAAGUUUUUGUUAUAGAUAAAGAUGAACACAAUAGAAAGAACAUAACGUCGAAUAAAUGGAACAAAAUAAUGCUUGAUCUACCAAUUGGAAAAUAUUAUAUAAAAUUUUCAGUUUAUUGUUCAACAGUUAAUUCAAAUGGAAACUUUGCUAUAGACUCUAUUGUAGUUGAUAGAGCUUCACCUGCAACACUAAUGCCCAGUUCAACUAAACAAUCUGAAAGCAAAGUUGGUUUGAAUUAUGAAAGAUGUGGAUUACAGAGUGAUUCAUCAUAUAUCAUUGGUGGAAAUCCAUCGAGAAUAGAAGAUAUUCCUUGGCAGAUAAUGUUACUUCAAACUUAUAAUGGAAUAACAACAUAUAGUGGUGCUGUUCUCAUUCAUGAAAACUAUGCCUUAACUACAGCCAGUGUUGUCAAUAAUCAAUAUGCAACUUAUAGAAUUUUGGUGGGAACAGAUUCUUUUGUUGGAGGCAAAACCUAUGAAAUUUCCAAUAUAAUUAAACAUCCAGAAUUUGGUCAGGGUUUGGGUAAUAGCAUUGCUCUUUUAAAAUUAAAGAGUAAUGUACAAAUGUCACAAAAAAUCAGUACUGCCUGUGUUUUAAAUACAACUCUAAUUGGUUCUGAAAGUCAUAACUGCUACAUUUCAGGCUUUGGAAGAUUAUUUCCAACAGAAUUUCGUCUUCCACAAUUAAGAAAAGCAAAUCAAAAAUUGAUAACAAAAUUACAAUGUAAUAAAAAAAUACCAAUUGUUAAUUUGAAUUAUGACAAAAUAAUGUGUUCAAUUGGAGAAUCAGGAGAACAAUCAUGUAUUGGUGAUUUAGGUGGUGGAUUAUUUUGUAAAAGAAACAACAGAUGGACAUUGGUUGGUAUACAAUCAAAUUUUAUCAAAGGAUGCAAAUAUGGAUUAACUAUUAGCCAACAAGUUGGAUCAUUUUACAGUUGGAUAGAGCAAAUGAUAUCAAAUGAAUAA